GUUUACUGCCCGUAGGUUAUUUUAAGAAAGCAGAAGCACCAUCAUUUGCACACUUCUUAUAGAUUCCACACCUUGGCCCUGGCUUUUUGGCUUCAGCUUUUCAAAAGAAGUGAAGUCAUGAUGAAGAACCAUUUGCUUUUCUGGGGUGUCCUAGUCAUUUUUGUUAAGGCUGUUCUUGUGACAGCCCAAGAUGAAGAUGGGGUGACUGUUCUUGCUGACAACAAAUGUCAAUGUUCCCGGGUUACCUCCAGGUACAUCCCUUCUCCCUACGAUCCUAGAGAAGACAUUCUGGAGAGAAACAUCAGAAUUGUUGUUCCUCUGACCAACAGGGAGAACAUCUCUGAUCCUACCUCACCAGUGAGAACCAAAUUUGUCUACAGUCUGUUUGACCUCUGUAAAAAAUGUGGUCUUACAGAAGUGGAGCUGGGUAAUCAAAGAUUUUCUGCCUCCCAGAGUGAUCGCUGUGAUGAAGAAGAUACUGGCACCUGUUACACUUACGACAGAAACAAGUGCUAUACAAAUAAGGUCCCACUUACCUAUGAUGGUAAAACCACAGUUGUGGAAGCAGCUCUAACCCCAGAUUCCUGCUAUUCUGACUAAUUUAAGUCAUUGCUGGUUGCACUAUUCCUUAUCCUGAAAGGUUCUCCACUUUGGCCUAUAAAGUUAAUAUAUUUACUGCCAAUCAUUUCAAAACCAUAUGUAUUUUUUUUUGACAAUGUAAAACUACCCCAUUGAAAUAUUAACAUUGUUAUUUUUAUUAGGAAGUUACUUCUCAACUUUGUAAGUUUUGAAAUCUCUCACCUACUAUCUUGUUUGGAGAGGCAUAUGUCCUUAAGAAAAUAGACAAGGGGAGAAAAUAAAACUCAAAGAGUGAAAAUGAGGAGGAAUACUAAAUUCUACCUUAAAGUUUUUUGUUUUUUGCUUUGCUGUGGAGAGCUAGAGCUUUUGCGUAUUUCAUUCUAUUUUCUAAAAGUAUCACUGUGUAGAGAAAUCAUAUAUAAGUAUAGCUCAAUUAUAUAUCUUCCUUAGGAAAAGAUGCUUUGAAAUAUUUGUAAAAGUAAUUUAUAACAUGGCUACUAUGAAACCAAUUGAAGGUGGCAAAAUUAAAUGCAUAGCUGGAAAAAUGUAUUUUGACUAUAUGUAAUACCCAUUUGGUGACAGAUGAUGAUGCAGAAAUUAUAUAUAUAUAUAUAUAUAUAUAUAUAUAUAUAUAUAUAUAUAUAUAUAAAUUCCCAAUGGAAGUUAUCUGUAUUGUAAUGAAAUAUGUAUUAAUGAAAUAUGUAUUCCAAAAUAUGUACUCUCUAACACAAUCUGAACAAUUAAAUAGAUUCAUAAGCAUA